AUGAAGAUCAAGCAGGUGAACUUGGUGAUCGCCUUCGUGGCCGUGGUGCUGUUCAGCUUCUCCUGCUUCUGCAUCUCCAAGAUGACUCAAAUCGGCAAUCAAUUAAUUAACUGUAAGAACCAUAUUUUGGAGUUUAAGGGAAAGAUACUACAUUUGAGAAACAAAACCGAAAUUUCCUUUGCCCUGGGGAUCUCCACGGUGAGCCGAGGAGCAUAUAGUUACCUGAAGCAAACCCUGACUUCUGUUAUCUCCAGGAUGACCGUGUCCGAAGAGGAGGACUCGGUGGUGGUUGUCUCGAUUGCAGACAGCAAUGAAGAAUACAUACAUUCUGUUGUUAACAUGAUUAAAACGAAAUUCAAAAAGCAAGUGAUGUCUGGAUCUAUAGAGGUCAUUUCAAUACCAACCAUUUUAUAUCCCAGCAUGUUAAAUGCCAAGCAAUCAACUAAGGAAUCACAAACUUUGAAGAGCCACCUAGUCAAACAAGUGUUGGAUUUUUGUUUUUUGAUGCUCUAUGCCAAAUCUAAGGCCAUGUAUUAUUUACAGCUAGAGGAUGACAUCAUAACAAAAUAUAUGUACUUUACCAAAAUAACAGAAUUUGUCCAGAACAUCACUACAAAUAAUUGGUUUUAUAUUGAGUUUUCAAUUCUUGGAUUCAUAGGGAAGAUGUUUAGAUCUGAGGACUUACCUGACUUUGUCCGCUUUUUUUUAAUGUUCUACAAAGAGAAACCCAUAGACUUGCUGUUGGAUGACAUUUUUCAGAUAAAGAACUGCAGACCAAUGGAAAUAUUUAAAAAUUGCUUAGAAAGAAAUAAACACAUGCGUAUUCGAUAUAAACCUUCUCUUUUCCAACAUGUGGGUAUACAUUCAUCAUUCCCCGGAAGAGAGCAACAUUACAGAGUUGAUAUUAAAGAAGUGGCUCACGCUUUUGUAAAGGUAGGCAAGUUUCAAGUCUGUGGGUCCAGUGUCAGAAUGGAGGCUUCUUCAGGGGUUGAUGAUCCUAAGAUCUACAAGUCAGACGGCAGGAUUCUGGCUGCAGAGCAAAUGGAUCCAGCAGCUGCAGUGCAGCUCUGUGACCACAUCGCUUUCCCUGUACGUCUCGCUCGUGCCGUCAGUGGAGUCGAAGCUGCUCUGCUCGAGCGUGCCCGCAUGUUAAUUCAUACCAUCUUCAGAGACAUGUCUAAACAAGGUCACACUCGCAGACACUCAGCCCACUGCCACGAAGUCGAUUCUGACACCUAG